UUGAGUUCCUCUUCCUCGGAUUUUAUGAACAAAUGGAACAUAUUACCUAUGCAAAUACUUAUGGAGCAUUCAGCAGGAUCUCAACCACUGAAUUACUCCUAUGCACCUGACGGUGCUGUUGUAAUAUGCUUCACUUCAGGAACUACAGGAAGGCCAAAGGGAGUAACUAUUGGCCAUUCAGCUUUGAUUGUACAGUCUCUAGCAAAAGUUGGCAUGGUUGGUUACAGUGAGGAUGAUGUAUGCCUUGUAGAAAUAGAUACAUAAUAGUUUUUCAAGUAUGGUUGUGCGAAAUAGACUUAUGUGUGCCUAAUUGAACCAAAAAAAAAAAAAAAAAAAGUAUGAGGAACAAUGAUCUUUAAAUUAUCCUCCUCCUACUAACGAUCCUUAAAUUCUUAUCAUGUGGGGGGGUUUCAGGUUUAUUUGCAUACUGCUCCUUUGUGCCAUAUUGGUGGUUUAUCUUCUGCCAUGGCCAUGCUAAUGGUUGGGGCAUGUCAUGUAUUGAUACCUAAGUUUGAAGCUAUAUCAGCCCUUGAAGCCAUAGAGCAACACCAUGUGACUUCCUUAAUCACUGUCCCUGCAAUAAUGGCUGAUAUAAUUUCAUCGAUCAGGUUGAAGGAAACUUGGAAGGGGAGAGGUAGUGUGAAGAAGAUAUUGAACGGAGGUGGAGGUCUAUCAAAUGAGCUUAUAAAAGAUGCAACCAAAUUCUUCCCAAGAGCAAAGCUUCUUUCUGCUUAUGAUGAAAUUGUUGGGUUAGGCAUUCUAGGGAACAACUGAUGUAAAACUUUUAUAAAAUAGAAGCACUAGU